AUGGCAGCAGAACCAUCAUUCCCUCGGUUCCGAGAGCUGCCUCUAGAGCUCAGAAUCCAAAUCUGGGAACUCACCAUUGUGCCUCGAUACAUUCGUAUAAGGAUUCGCGAAACUUAUGGCAACGCAAUAUCUGGACGCGCAGUUAACGAUUCAGUUGUCCCGAACGUCCUACAAGUUAACAGAGAAUCUAGAGCUCUGUUCUUACCACGAUAUCCUAUGAUGUUCAAAGGAAUAUACAGCAUUCGAUUACCCCUUGGAAGUAAUGGGGUUAGGUUCAAUUUGGACCUGGAUGUCAUUGUGCUAAAUACGUUUGAGAAGUCCGAAUCUGUUAUGAGCAUUUUAGAAUCACCUAAAUCCCUAUCUAGUCGACUUAACACAUUCACGCUAUCGAUAUCGAAGGAAGACUUGAUCUCUAUACGACGCGUAGUCCUUCCUGCACAUUUCAUCACGUUCUUGCGGCUGGUAUUUACCAACAAUCACCACCACCACUACCACGAUUAUGAGAUCCACCGGCUUCAGAGCCUCGAAACGAUCUUAAUUCCAUGCGGUAUGACCACUACGCCAGAAAUGAUUACCUACAUAAAUGCUUUUAUGUUGGAGCCAAAGAGGAGGUGUCCCAAUUGGCAGAUUCCAGGACUGCAAUUCAUCAGCGAGACGGCUUUGGAUGAGGUAGAACAUCCACUCGCAAAUGAUCUGGAACAGUCAACCCGGUGGCAGAGAGUUAGAUCGUGGUUUCGAAGAUAG